AUGACUUCCAGCUGGGUGGUUCGCCUGCUUCAAGACAAUAAAGAGGAGACUCCCAUUCUCAUUAACGUUUCACAGAAGGAAGGUGGCGAUGAGCUUGACCUCGACCUGCUGGCCACAGAUGGCACCGCAGCCUUUACCACUAAAGUAAGGCGACGAAAUCUGAAGAAGCUACGGGCGAAAAACUACGAUGGACCUGAUGAUGAAUGGAGUAAUACCGUUUUAACAGUCCUCGGUCCCAAGCCAAGGUCGACGGCAGGCAGCGCGCAGCAAGCCAACCUCGACGUGACGUGCUCCUUCUCAGGCAAAGGAUCGAAUCGCACACUAUCUCUCGUCUUCUGCAACAAGGUCGAGGACAUCACACAACGCCUGGGAACGAUUGAGCUGCCUCAAAACACCGACGCCGAGGACGAUGUAGACCUUUUCGGCUGGACUUCCCAGGCUAUUGAACAAAGAGACAGGCUACAAGGCGAGGUCACGGGUUUGAGGGGGCAGAUCAAAACAAAGGAUGAUAUUGUCGCGGGCUUGCAGAAACAGAUCGACGAGUUGGUCGAAGCCAAAGCCGAACACGAGAAGCAACUGCUGUCCAAGUUCGCGCUCCUGCUCAAUGAGAAGAAGCUCAAGAUCAGGAAUAUGCAGCGGAUUCUGUCCACUGCCAAAAUUGAUCAGAAGAAACUCAGAGAGUUGCAAGCUGUCGUCGGCGAUGAACCGGCAGGCAUUGUAAGGCGGAAGAAAAGACCGGCUGACGAAGAGGUUGAGCAUGAAGAAUCAGAAGAUACCGACGCCCAUGAAACAAGGGACGCGGACCCUGCGCCAAACGCCCAGAAAGAAAAUGAAUCUCCCGAGUCUGGCAAUACGACUCCGACCGCAUCGGAAGCAGACGAUGAUACAGAUGACGAAGACCUGAGUAGGCCACCAGCAUAUUCUAGUCAGCCCAGAACACGAGCUGCAACCAGCACAGCUUCACAGAAACAAGUCAACGCACCGCCUUCAAAGAAAUCGGAAAGGGACCCUGAACCUGCACCGGCAGCGGAUGAUGAUGACGAGGCAACUGCAAGCGAGGACGACGAGUUAUGA